AUGGAGCUGAGGUCUGAGAUGCCCAGCGUGCCCUCGGCGCCCGCUUCGGUGCCGCCCAGCUCGGUGGCGGCGGCCGCGGCCGCAGCAGCGGCCAGCCUGCCGGUGAGCGUGGCCGGGAGCCUCCUGCGGGCGCCGCCGCUGCUCCUGCGCGCUGCCGAGAAGUACCCUCGCACGCCCAAGUGCGCCCGCUGCCGCAACCACGGCGUGGUGUCGGCGCUCAAGGGCCACAAGCGCUACUGCCGCUGGAAGGACUGCCUGUGCGCCAAGUGCACGCUCAUCGCCGAGCGCCAGCGCGUCAUGGCCGCCCAGGUGGCGCUGCGCCGGCAGCAGGCGCAGGAGGAGAACGAGGCCCGCGAGCUGCAGCUGCUCUAUGGCACCGCAGAGGGGCUGGCCCUGGCCGCCGCCAACGGCAUCAUCCCACCGCGGCCCGCCUACGAGGUCUUCGGCUCGGUGUGCAGCGCAGACGGAGGCACGGGGGGUUCAGGCGCCCUUGGAAGGGCGAUGGUCGGCGGUGGGGCUCACGCAUCUCUUUCCCUCUUUUUCUGUCUCCCCUCCGCAGAAGUCAAGCUGCAGAAGUUCGACCUGUUCCCCAAGACGCUGCUGACCACCCGGGCCGCCACCCCGCAGCAGGCCAAGCCCUUGUCUCCGGACGGCACGGACGGCGCACCGGGCACCUCGUCCCCGGAGGCGGCCCGCCACGGUUGCGGCUCGGGCUCGGAGAACGGCGACGGCGAGUCUUCGCUCAGCUCGCCCGUCUCGAAGGGCGCCAAGGACGGCUGCGCAGCCGAGGAGGAGAGCCCCGGCUCCAUUAGCCCGCUGGGCUCCGACUCGGGCUGCUCUGAGGCGGAGCGCGAAGAAGCAGGUGCCCCUUCGCCCGGGCUGGCGGCGGCGGUAGCGGCGGCCGGAGGCAGCCGGCAGCAGCGGACGCCCUUGGACAUCCUGACGCGCGUCUUUCCCGCCCACAAGCGCAGCGUGCUGGAGCUGGUCUUGGCCGGCUGCGGCGGGGACGUGGUGCAGGCCAUCGAGCAGAUCCUCAACAACCACCACCAUCACCACCGCGGGGCGGGCAGCCCCGGCCAAGGCCUUGCCGUCGCGGCGGCCGCCGCCUCAGGACUGAGCUCGGCGGGGCCCGAAAAAGCGAGCGACGAGAGCUGGGCUCGGGCUGCCGGGGACACGACGACAGGGCCUCUGGGCGGCCUGCAGCCUUCGCCCGCCGGCGCCGCCGCUCACCACCGCCCCCUGCUGGCCGGCGCCAUGACGCCCGCCAUCGGCGCGCUGGGCAGCCGCUCGGCCUUCUCGCCCCUGCAGCCCAACGCCACCCAUUUCGGCGCGGCGGCGGCGGCCGAGGCCAGCGCGUACCCUCUGGGCACGCACCUGGGGCUGAGCCCGCUGCGCUUGGCCUACUCGGCUGCCGCGGCGCACAGCCGGGGCCUGGCCUUCAUGACUCCUUACUCCACAGCCGGGCUCAUGCCCACGCUGGGCUUCCGGCCGCCCAUGGAGUACGCCUUCAGCGACCUCAUGAGGGACAGAUCGGCCGCCGCCGCCGCUGCACUGUUAAGAGCCAGCUGGAGAGGAUUCACUUGGUGGGUCCAAAGAACGCUGGCACAGUUCCUCCUCAACAAGCCUUCUAUAGUCCUAGAGGUUUACGAUGACUAUUGUCAAGUCACAGAUAUCCCCUUUCUGGCCAAGAAUCUACACAACCACGAUCCUCCAGCUCAGAAAUUUGGGCCUUCUGCUUUAGAGCUCAAGUGA